AUGUGUGUGGGUUUGUGGGCCCGCGUGAGCCUGCCCGUCCUUGUCUGCGAGUCACCGGGGCCACGGGAAGACGACGGCUGUGUGGCCGUGCUCUGCGUCUGCGUGAGUGCAUCUCGGGGCGUCAGUGAACGGCUGCUGUCCCAGAGCCUCGAGUUUAACUCUCCUGCUGACAACUACACGGUGUGCGAAGGCGACAACGCCACCCUCAGGUACCUCCCACCUCCCGGGCUCCGGAGGGCUCCCCCAGGCCUGUGGCCCUGCCCCCUCGCCUUCCAGAGCCUCCCCAUCCUGGAGGGACCUCAGGGAGUUGGAGGACCGUCACAGCGACAGCGCGGCAGCCGGGGCAGGAGAGGCACUGGGAGGGCGCUCCCCAGCUGGGCCGCGUGCUCAGAGCAGGCAGCCCGCCCCGCCCCUGCCCACGGAGUUAGGGCGUCUCAGACGUGUCCGCGGAGCCGAGACCUCGGAGGGCACGCAGCCGGGGCAAAACGAACGGUGCACGCGGGGGAGGGCGAUAGCCCGAGGGCGGAGCGCAGAGCAAGUCCCAGCCGGACGCACGCCCAGCCGGACGGAGGCGCCGCGGAGCCCACAGAGGGCGAAGGCCACUCCCAGCCUGGACGAUGGCGACGAGGGCCCAGUGGGGCCGGGACAACACAGACCCGGGAGCCAGAGCCCCGGGCCCUCACCUCAGCACCACCGCCCACCCGGCAGCCCCCUGGGCAGGCGGACAGGCCUCGGAUCCCGCCCGCAAAGCCGGACGGUGCUGCCGCUGAUCAGUCCGAGGCACCGCCGCCAGGAAGGGCCACCUUUAUUUCAUGCCCUGCUAGAAAGAAAAUGAAAAGCAGGAACAGACCUGCUGAUUGGACUCUGGCAUGGACGUGCAAAGUCACCCCGACAGGAGGGCGAAUCAGAUACCAGACGGGGAGUAAGGAAAGCGCGCACGCACACAGCACAGAUGCGUCCUCAGAUGAGCGGCACCGCUUACCCAGAGGCUGUGGUGAGGGUCUCGCCGAUUUCCUACCGCGCUUACACUCGCCCACAUUCCCUGCCCGCAUCGUGAACAUCUCCUCGCCGGUGACGGUGAACGAGGGGGGCAAUGUGAACCUGCUCUGCCUGGCCGUAGGGCGACCGGAGCCCACGGUCACCUGGAGGCAGCUCCGAGACGGCUUCACCUCCGAGGGCGAGAUCCUGGAGAUCUCCGACAUCCAGCGGGGCCAGGCCGGGGAGUACGAGUGUGUGACUCACAACGGGGUUAACUCUGCGCCCGACAGCCGCCGCGUACUGGUCACAGUCAACUACCCUCCGACCAUCACGGACGUGACCAGCGCGCGCACCGCCCUGGGCCGGGCGGCCCUCCUGCGCUGCGAAGCCAUGGCGGUGCCCCCCGCGGAUUUCCAGUGGUACAAGGAUGACAGACUGCUGAGCGGCGGCGCGGCGGAGGGCCUGAAGGUGCAGACGGAGCGCACCCGCUCGAUGCUCCUGUUCGCCAACGUGAGCGCCCGGCAUUACGGCAACUACACGUGUCGCGCCGCCAACCGGCUCGGAGCGUCCAGCGCGUCCAUGCGGCUCCUGCGCCCAGGAUCCCUGGAGAACUCGGCCCCCAGGCCCCCAGGGCCCCUGACCCUCCUCUCCGCCCUGGGCUGGCUGUGGUGGAGAAUGUAGGUGCAGCCCAGUGCAGCCCGCCUCCCCCUGCAGGGGCCUCAGGCCAGAGCAAGAGGAAAAGGGGGAGAAGCGCUGUGGGUCUCGAGGGGGCAGAAGAGCUCGGCCACUGAGGAAGAAGAGAGGAAGAGGAGGAGGAAGAGGAAGAAAGAUCUUUAGAGAACCCAUCACUGUGAGGGAUAACGCAAAAUUAUGCAUCUUUCUACAGCCAUUCUCGCCACCGUUCACGUUCCCGACUAUGACCCACCCCCACCACCCACACCCCUCUCUUAGCUCAGGCUGUCGACUGGCUCGUGUGGGUGUGGGUGUGCGUGUGAGUGUGAGCCCGCACAUGUGUGUCUGUGUGUGGGGGCAUGGAGGGCUGGGGAAGCGGACUCAGCAGUCCUCUCUUCCUUGACACCCCCAUGUCCACUGUCCCCAACCCUGCUGCCUGUCACUGCUGGCUGGAGGUAGGUAUGGGGCGUCGUCUCGGAAGCUGCGAGGAGAGGCGUGCAGGCCCCUGCUUCCCCAGUAAAAGCAGCACACUGCACGCGGACCCUCCCCUCCGUCGGACGAGAGGGUGUCUCCAGGGCAGCUGGGGGCGCGUGGCUUUCUCCUGUCGAGCUGUCAUGCAGCCUCUGUAUGGGCGGGAGCCCCCGUCUGCGCUCCAGCCUCACCCCUCCCGCUGUCAACCACCAGCUGUCUGUAGCCAGAGGCCCCAUCACUGGCUCAGGGGCCUGACACCGUCCCCCUUUCCCUCCCUCCCCACCCUGGACUUUCUGGCCCUCCUGGGUCAAUCGGUGCUUCCAUCCGACUGUCAGCUGGUGGCAGUGGCCGCCUGUC